CUCAAAGAGACCUCGAUGCGGACGAAAGAAUGGUGAUACUGCGAGCAUAGGCUUCAACAAGGUCUUGCUGUUGCGUACCCUUUGCCCUCGUGCGCCGUCAGGGCACCCAUCGUCUCAUCGCCUCGCAAUUUCCCAUGCAGCCACUCGCAGCCAAGGCGUCAAUCGGGCUUUCUUCCGCUCAAGCGCCCGUGCGACAUCGCGCUCCCUCUUUCUGUCUUCCCUCCCUCGCGCCUUCGCUUCACCUCCUUCUCAUCCUUCCCACAUAUCUAUACAUCCAUGAUCGGAUCAUAGCAGCCACUUUCUUCUCUACUCUUUCUAUUCCGUCGCCGAUACCAUCAUCCUCCCUCAUCAUCGCCCGUCAUGAAAUUUGCCAAAACUUACCUCGCAACACUCACGGAUCCCAACUUCCCUCAAGAAUGGCGCGAAAAGGGCCUCGAGUACAAGGAGCUCAAGAAGCUCAUCAAUGGCGCUGUUGCAGAACUCGAGAGUCUUGGCCUCAGCGCUGAUGUCCUACGAGAUCUUCUCGAGCCACCAGAAGAACAAGCGCAAGCUGCUGCACGAUCUUCCUCGCCCGUUCAACAGCAGCAGCAACGUCGCAGCAGGAGUAGGAGCGACAGUGCUAGCGCAAGCGAGUCGGGAGAUGACUCAUUGACGGCAGGCCUCGUAGCCGGGCUUGCCAAACUGUCCACUGGCAGGCAAGGCCCGUCCGACUUCGUCGAUCCGUUGAGCCCGCUCAUGGAAGAGGAGGAGGCGAGGAGGAAGAGCGCUGAGCAUAGCAUGAAAGUCCCCGCGAUGAGCAUGCCAGCGCCAGCCGUGGACAUUGAGGAGGAGUCGACGCCUGCUGGCGAAUGGGUGUCCCACCUUGAGCACACUCGGGACCGUCGUCGGCCACGAUCCAGUAGAGGCAAGAGCGGAUCGAGUGGUGGUGAGAGCUCGAGGGAGAGCUCGGCGCCGCUUCCUGAGAAAGGGAAAGGCAGCAACGGGCACCAUCACCAUACUCACCUCCUUGACCCUUCUUCUGCCGAAGAGCCGGCCGCGGCAAGCCCGAUGAGUUUGUUGGGCAUCCGCAAGCGCAGAGAGAGCGACAAUGAGCGGCACAGCUCCAACCCAGUCACCGGCAGCUCUGAUCGAGACUCGUCGCCGGGUGCUUCAUGGCGCAUGGGUCGCAAAGAUCUCGAGAUGCUGCGUCGGCACAGCCAUAGUGGCAACAGCUCAGGAAAUAAGGUGACACCGCCUCGCGAUAACAAGACCAGCUUGAGCCCAGAGGCCGAAGACGAGCGUCACGAUUGGGGAGGGCAUGCUUGGAGGGAACGCACAGGAUUGGGCUGGGAGGUCAAGGGCAAGUCUAAGUCGAUGCACGCAGCUCAAGCGUCUCCUACCAUUGCUCGAGGUCCAGGACAGGCUCGCUGGGUGCAGGGCAAGGACGGUCGUCGAGCUCGAGCUGAGUACGAGCUGGGUGGAACAACGGAGCAUCCUAUCCCACGCAUUCGUCUCACCAUCGAAUCGCCCGUCAACUCUGACUCCGAGAGCGAUGCAGAUGACGAAGGGGGGGCAAGUGACGAGGACGACAAGGUCUCUGAAAUGGGCAUCGCAGAUCGAAUCAAAGAGCUGCCGCCCUCUCAGCCGGGCUCGCGCAGAGCCUCGCUCGCGGACGAUCCCGCCCCACACCAACACGCUCCUCAUCCCACUCCACCGCCCUCCGUCAUGCGCACCCGUGAGAUCAUCAUUCCACUCACAGCGGACACCCAAUUCCUCGAUACCCUGACCAAUUCUCUCGCCCAGCUCUCCGAGCUGCAAGCCUCUCAACGCGAAGAGUUCAUCACCUCCACGGAAGACCUCUGCGCCUCCGUCGCACGCGCCGCCUCGCCCUACGCAAGCAAGAACGACCUGUACGUGUGGCGGGAGAUCUUCCAGCUGUGGGUCGACAUGCAGAUCUUCGAGGGCCAAACGGAGAAAACUCGUGGGGAGCUCAGCGUCGACGAGAGUGAGGCGCGACUCAAGCGCUUCGCUCAGGAGCUGGUCAAGCGCGGCUGGUUGGCGCAAAGUAGUGUCGGCGGGGAGAGUCCGAGGUUAUCGAGGAACAAAAAGGCGGUGCAGAACGCUCUCACCUUACCGAUCCGCGACUCGCGAUCUACCAAUGCGGUGGAAGACUUCCUUCGACUCAAUCUGGCGCUGCUGGAUGUCAAGAAGUUCCAGCGCGUCAACGUCGAAGCAGCGAGGAAGAUCCUCAAGAAGCACGACAAGCGCACGGCGCUUACCGCGAGCUCAGGCUUGCGCGAAUUUGUCCGUCAACAAGAGAGCACACGUGCAGCCGCAUCAGCCGCAGCUGCUGCCUCUCUGGGCAUGCACCUCCCCGCCGAGAUGACAGGCACCCUCGUAGCUCCUGCGCACGGCACACAUCCCUCUCUCGCGGCCCUUCUCCCCUCGUCGACCACGGGGCUCCUCUCCGAGUCCCUUCCACACAUUCUCCUCACACUCCUCACCACCACCCUUCUUCCCAUCCUCCCUUCAGUAGACGACUAUUCCUGCGCCAUCUGCACGGGUCUCGCAUGGCGCCCCAUCCGUCUGGACUGUUCGCACCUCUUCUGCAUUCGCUGUCUCGUCAAGCUUCAGAAGCAGGGCAAAACAGACUGCCCGCUCUGUCGUGCGCCAGGAGUAGUGAAGACGGCCGACGGGCGCAAUCUGGACGCGGCUACGGUCAAUAUGCUGAAGAUGUGGUUCCCAAAUGAGAUAUCGGAGAAGGAUCAUGAGAAUGAGAGGGACAGGAAGAAGGAGGAGCUGGCCGAGUUUGGCUUGGAGCAUCAUAAAUGUGUGUGCAUGUAGCAGUAGGGCGCGUCGCAUGGAGCAGCAAUAGCAGCAGCAGCACAAGCAGCAGUAGCAAAUGCGUUUCGUUACAAUGGAGGGCACAAUGCAGCCUACCAUCGCUCGCCCGUCAGAGAGGCGGCGCACGAUCUACGCCUGCCUCGGUAUCCUGAUGAUCGCGGUGUCCAGCGGACGGUCUGCACUCGUUGUGUGGUCCAGCUAGCCGUCUUUCGACCUGUGACCACUCAGCGUCGGCCUAAGAAUUUGGCGUUUCAGCAACCAUGUGCACCAUCGUCAU